GUGCUGCGAUUUCACCUAAAGUCACACUUUUUUUUUUACCGUCUGGUGAAUUUCACGACGGACUCUAAUCUCCCCCCUCCUCCACACGCGCCGACCACCAUCUCUCUCCCCUCUAAUCUCUCUCUCUCUUUCCGAUGUUUGGUCGCCAUUCUCAACCGGUGAUUAUCCCCAAUAACCAGAUUGGUACCGGCUCUGCUGCUUCCGCUGGUGAAGACCAUGUCUCUGCUUCCGUAACGUCCGGUCACAUUCCCUACGACGAUAUGGAUGAAAUCCCUCAUCCUGACUCCAUCUAUGGUACUGGCUCCGAUUUGAUCCCCGAUGGCUCUCAAUUGGUCGCUCACCGAUCCGAGGGUUCUGAAUUACUAGUUUCUCGGCCGCCUGAAGGGGCCAAUCAGCUUACCAUCUCGUUCCGUGGUCAAGUUUACGUUUUUGAUGCUGUUGGUCCUGACAAGGUCGAUGCCGUGUUGUCGCUGCUGGGUGGUUCUACUGAGCUCGCUUCUGGUCAGCAGGUGAUGGAAUUAGCUCAGCAGAAUCAUAUGCCUGCUGUAGAAUACCAGAGCCGCUGUAGCCUUCCUCAACGGGCGCAAUCCUUGGAUAGGUUUCGGAAAAAGAGGAAUGCUAGAUGUUUCGAGAAGAAAGUAAGAUACGGUGUUCGCCAAGAAGUGGCUUUAAGAAUGGCGCGUAAUAAAGGUCAAUUCACCUCUUCAAAGAUGUCGGAUGGGGCUUAUAACUCGGGCACAGAUCAAGAUUCUGCCCAAGAUGAUGGCCAUCCAGAAAUAUCGUGUACUCACUGCGGCAUUAGUUCCAAAUGUACACCAAUGAUGCGACGUGGCCCUUCUGGCCCCAGGACUCUCUGCAAUGCCUGUGGACUUUUUUGGGCUAACAGGGGCACAUUGAGGGAUCUCUCAAAGAAAACAGAAGAGAAUCAGUCGCCUUUAAUAAAAAUGGGCGAGGCCGGUAAUGUUGCCGAUGCUGACAACUCAAACUCUGAACCGGCAACUGCUGAAGAAGACACUUCUUUGGUUGCUCUUGCAAAUGGGGAAAAUUCUAUUAUGUUAGGUAACCAUCACUAGAUUCUGUGAUAAGAAUCAGAAAUAGAGGAAAUCCUUGUAGAAUCAGUUGGUCUUGUUUAUGAAUUGAUAUUUUCUCAUCAUCACAUGUAUUAUAGAAACCAUAACCGAACCUCAAAGCAAAUACCAUAUCAAUCAGAUAUCUUUGGUUUAAGAGUUUGAUAAUCGGAAUAGUUCUGUUA